CUCAUUGGCUUACUAAAAUAAUGUGCGUGACAGCCUCCUUGCUUUCUUUUUUUUUAAAACAAUAUCACUGGCACCUCCAAGUCUGGUUGACACAUUUCAAUUGAUUAAACAUGUUUCUGGCCAAAAGACUCAUCGGUGGCAUUCUUGAUGUCGUAAGCAAUAUUGAUCCAGCUGUGUUUGUGCCCUCUGACCCACCCGCACCACGAAGGCCACUUGCGUACGCAGAGCAGAAUGAGAGUGACGAGGAAAGACAGUUUCGCAAAGUCUUCCAGCAGUUGGCUGGAGAUGACAUGGAGGUGAGCCCAACUGAAUUGAUGAACAUCUUGAACAGAAUUAUUUCCAAACAUGGUGACCUGAAGACAGACGGGUUUAGCAUUGAGUCCUGCAGGAGCAUGGUUGCCGUCAUGGAUUGUGACAGUACUGGGAAGCUCGGAUUCCAUGAGUUCAAACACCUCUGGAACAAUAUCAAGAAAUGGCAGGGUGUGUAUAAGACUUAUGACACUGAUGGCUCUGGGGUUAUUGGUGCAGAUGAGCUUCCCAAUGCUUUCAGGGCGGCAGGCUUUCCCCUCAAUGAUGAGCUGUUCCAGAUGAUAAUUCGCAGAUACAGCGAUGAGAACGGGAACAUGGACUUUGACAACUGCAUUGGCUGCCUUGUGAGACUGGACGCUAUGUGCCGUGCCUUCAAAACCUUAGACAAGGAUAACAAUGGAACUAUCAAGGUCAACGUUCAAGAGUGGCUCCAGUUGACAAUGUACUCCUAAGCACAUUAAAUGGCUACACGUGUUUACAAAACAAAACCACUCUUUCUACAUGGCACUGCGCUUUAGACCACUCCAGGGACCAGCCUCCCAAUUUAUGCAGGUUUCCCUACAUGCUUUGCAACCUACACUAUGUGAAUAUGUCUCACAACAUUGUCUUGUGCCAUUGCUUCAUGAAGCCAACAGAUGCCAUUUAAUGAUUGGGUAAAUGUUGCCAUAAGUCAUUGAGCUGUUAUUACUUUGAAAUGUAUGGAAUUAAAGAAAUCUUAAUGUA